AUCAUUUACAUUACCAAAAAGCGGUGAUGUAGGCACUACUUGGUAAUACCUAAGGAGCACAUUCCCACAGUGAGAGACCUCCAGAGAAGAGAUGAAGACUACUCGCUGGUAAGUCACAUGUUAAGCGUGGGACACACACUGCUGCAGAAAGAUGCACCUCAGUCCACGUAUAGAUUUGGUUUCCACCAGCCACCUUUGAACAGUGUUGAUCAUCUCCAUCUGCAUUGUUUUGCAUUGCCUUUCAUACCCAGAUGGAAAGCCAUUAAGUACAAGUCUUUGGGACCUCUUGGUGGUUUUAUUGAAGCAGAGGCACUGCUGGAGAAAUUAAAGCCUCUCUCUUCUCUUCCUUCAAAGGCAACGGACUGCAUGUGUUUAUCACCAUCAACUUUCAGCUCAGUUGGGUGGGGCAGCCGGUCUUGUGAUAGUAUGAUAUCCUCAGAACAGGUAAUAGCUGUCUUAAAUAUGUUUUUUCAUUGCUGAAUCUUUUAUGUCUAAAUCCUGUGGGGGCAGAGAUAUUUUACUCCAUCACCAAAUGAAUUUUCAGACAUUUUAUAUAGUCAUAGGGGAACAAUAAGCUACAAUAACCUUAGCGGUUUUGAGUUUUACAUCAGUGCCUAUACUGUACUUUCAGAUUCUGUCUCUGGGUUGAUUUUAGAAAUCUAUGUUGUGGAUUGGAUUUU